AUGCCCUGUGAGAGGAGACAGGGGUCGGCCCCUGGGGGUCAGGGGCCACUCAGGCAUGAGGUGCCAACUGAGCACUGUGAUGUCAGCCCCAGUCAGGUGGCAGAACGGUCCCGUGGGACGGCUUCGCUCUGGGUUGGUGCCCUGUUCGUCUCCUGCACUCUACUGUUGGAGAAGAGGAACUGCCAUCCUAGCAGAUGGCAGAUCCAGGACCUAAGGACUCUGAUGAAUUAG